UGUCUAUUUUUUACCCAAACCUUUUCAAACUUCUUUUAUUUUUAUCCAAACAUAUCAAAAUUCUAUUUAUUAUCCAAACUUAUUGUAACCGAUCAAAGUCUGGGCAUUCGUUCUGUUACCGUUACUUAUUUCGUAACGGACCUCCACGUUAGAAAUGAAUACAUAUUCAAUUUCAAUUUUAAUUUAGAAAAAAAAAAAAAAACACAACUCGUCCGACCAACUCCCUUAGCUUCUUCUUCCUCAGUUCUCCGCAACCAUUGCUGGUGAAACCAGGAGCUCGCCCCUUCCUUUCUCCGGCACCGCUGCUAUAAUCUUCUUCCUCCAACCUUUUCUUCCUCACAGAACCAGACCUUUGAAACCCAAAAAAUCGCAACCCCCAAUCUUGCCACAAAACCGUUACGAUUCUUCCUUGAACAUGGAUCUGAGUCGGCUCAGCCUAGACUGGAACACCUCGUGUAGGAUCAACGCCGCUAUCGCACAGACCUCAUUCUUUUCCCAGCCAGUCAAAUUUCCCCAAAUUCAUAAUUUCAAUUCCUUCCCCCCAACCCUAAUUCCAAUUAAAAUCCCUAAUCCUAGAGUUAGGGAGGGAGAGUGGGGAAGUGAGAGAGAGAUCUAGAUACAUACCUUCUUCUUCUCCUCUCUGAGGUCCUUUGCACCAGACCCACCCACGCCGGCGGCGCCUUGGUCAUAUGUGUCGUCAUUUUGGACUUCUGGUCCUACCUCCGCUUCCUCAAUUGAAUGUCAGAGGCGCUCAAGAUGCCGAAGCCGGAGAGCAAGAUGCGGCGGGGUGAAAUUUCAGGCUGAGGGCGAUGCUUGUUAUACCGGUUUGGGAGGAGUUGGUCGAUGAUGACUCCGCAAACCUUAAGAUUGAAGAUGGGCGAACUAGUUCCUGCCUCCCUGGACUCGCGAACUAGCGGCAGGGGUAUGAGCGCUUGAAUCAUAGAGAUUCCUCGUCGGCUAGAGAGGAGAUGGGUCUCUACGACGCUGGCGAGAUCGACCGAUGAAGCUGCCCGUCGUUCUUCCUCCUUGGCUCAGAGGCAAGGCGGCGAUGCCCCUUGUGUUCUCAUUCAUGUUUGGGCUCGGCGGCAGAGGUCGGAGCUGAGGCGGGAAUUGCUAGGUCUGGAGACGUGAAGAGGGCGUCGGGAUUUUGUUCAAGAAAGAUGAGAUGAGUGGAGGGAAGUGAGGAUUGAUUUCCAGGUGCUGCACCAGCAGGAGGAGAGGAGGGUGCUGUGGACGGCGACUCACUUUAUUAAUUUUUGUUUCUAUUAUUUUUUUAAUUAAAAUAUAAAAUGAUAUGUUGCCACGUCAGAAGCCAACUCAGAUUCGUUAUGUCGAGUCAGCAAUAUUAACGGAAAAGUUGACGAUGAGUUAACGAUUGGUUAAUUCAUAGUAUUUUGAUAGGUUUGGACAAAAUAAAAGAAUCUAAAAAAGGCUAAUGUAAAAAAUAGACAUUGGCCUAUCUAUUAUCAAAUAUUUUGGAAUGCAACAAGGAAACUGAAAAGUCAACAUGUCUAAGAUAAGAUGACUCAGAGCAGUGAGGUGAAACGGUCCGCUGCUGUUCCGUUAUUUUUAUCAUUAUUUUACUGCGAAGCCGUAUUCCCAGUCUCUCCUCUCACUCUCUUGUUUCUAUUUUUGGGGUUCCGCGUAAAAGUAGAAGCUCGGGCCAUUGCUGAGAGAGCUGAGGAGAGGAACGCUAGAGGCCGAGCCAGAUACACGAAGAAGAGGAAGAAGAAGAAGUUGGGAAAAUAAGAGAGGGAGAGGCGCUAUGAAAGAUGACAUCCAGGAGACCCCUAAAACUUCUUCGAAUUCCAAGUCUCGCGGGGCGGUUCGAUCUGUCGACACAUAUGCCGCACAAUGCCAUAAUUGCAUGAAAUGGAGGGUGAUGGCAACAGAAGAAGAGUACGAGGAUAUCAGAAGCAAGAGCAGCUCUGUAAAAUUUACUUGUGAAUCGAAAGAAGGCCUCACUUGUGAUACCCCAGCUGAUAUAGAGUAUGAUUCAUCCCGGACCUGGGUCAUUGACAAACCAGGACUUCCCAAAACCCCAAGGGGUUUCAAGAGGUACUUGGUUCUCAGGCGAGAUUUCUCCAAGAUGGAUGCCUACUAUAUAAGUCCUACGGGAAAGAAAUUCCGUACAAGGAACGAGAUUGGUGCUUUCAUAGAGGCCAACCCGGAGUACAAAGACGUAAAGCUCGAUGACUUCAACUUCACAUCUCCCAAGGUUAUGGAAGAUACUAUACCAGAGGAUGCACUGAAGAAGAUGCCUGCUGCCAGUAGCAAUGGUGGUAAUAGCAAGAGAAGUAAGAUCACAAAGGAAGAAGCUUGAUUGAAGUAGAAGUUUCCACGGGGGUUUGGUGUGCCCCCUUUCAUGGUGUGGUACCCCUUAUGUUUGUCCUUGGGGUUUGACACGACUCUGUUUAUGUAGAAUGCGCAUUUCUUGUUCUGUUAAUGUUGGAAGUGUGAAAUGAUUUUGUUUGUCUGACCUCUUAACUGUAUUCUGUAAUGAAGUUUUCAUAUGCGAGCCUUAGCGUCUGUUUCCUUAUUCAGUGUCUUGUUUCAUCAUGAUGAAGUGGUAGAGGAGCCUCUGAAAUUCAUUGCAAACAAUGAGGAUUGUAAUUCUCUUUUCUGUUGAAGAGUUGAUGCUCAUGGCGUUAAUUAGUGGUAGCUCCACACCACUGGGAAUUGGGAGCAUU